AAGUUACUAAACUUGAUUGUUAGUACUAUUUGCUAAGAACUAGAAAGCAACACUUGCUUUUCCAACUGAAAUUAUGAAGUGAUUUCCAUUUAUUUUUUUUCUAGAGUUUCAUUGAGUUUGAGUGUACAAAAUUGAAAAAAGUUUAGUUUUGAAGUUAAUGGGCAUCCAUCAAUCAUGCAGAAAUUCAUAAACAAAUGAUUGUGAAAAGAUAUUUUCUUUUUUUUACAAACUAAGGUUAUUCUUUUCUUUCUGUAUUUUCAGUAAAUAUUUGCUUUAUUUUAUGGCCACUAUCCACAAAUAAGCAUAGAUUCUCUCUUAGAGACUCUCUCCUAGCCGUGCUGCUUAGGAAUGGAUGAUUGUGCUCUGUCUUCUCUGCUUUGAUUCUCUCUGCUCAUAAAGAAGCCUCUUCAUUGUUAUUACAGUUGCAGUAGGUGAAGGUGCUUUCAUUAGUUCUUUCUUUCAAGCAGCAAAAUGAGUCACGCGCAUUCUCAUAUCGGCUCCGGUAGUAGAACUACUCGACGAACUUUUGAAUUCGGGAAGACACAUGUAGUGAGGCCUAAAGGAAAACAUCAAGCUACUAUAGUUUGGUUGCAUGGACUUGGUGAUAAUGGUUUGAGCUCAUCUCAGUUGUUGGAAUCACUUCCACUUCCAAAUAUAAAAUGGAUUUGCCCUACUGCUCCUACCCGUCCCGUGGCGAUACUUGGUGGUUUUCCCUGCACUGCAUGGUUUGAUGUGGGAGAGCUUUCGGAAGAUGGUCCAGAUGAUUGGGAGGGUUUAGAUGCUUCAGCAGCACAUAUUGCUAACUUGUUGUCAACAGAGCCAGCAGAUGUGAAAGUUGGUAUUGGAGGGUUCAGCAUGGGUGCAGCAAUAGCAUUAUACUCUGCAACAUGCUAUGCCAUGGGAAGGUAUGGAAAUGGCAUCCCAUAUCCUGUCAAUUUAAGAGCAGUUGUUGGACUCAGUGGUUGGCUUCCAGGAUCAAGGAGCUUAGGGAACAAGAUAGAAGUGUCACAUGAAGCGAGAAGGCGAGCUGCUUCAUUACCAAUUUUACAGUGUCACGGAAUCAGUGAUGAUGUAGUCCACUGUAAGUAUGGAGAGAAAUCUGCUCAAUCCUUAAGUUCAGCAGGGUUUCGAUAUGUUGCAUUCAAAUCCUAUGAAGGGAUUGGUCAUUACACAGUUCCAAGAGAGAUGGGUGAAGUUUCCACCUGGCUUAGUUCAAGGUUGGGACUUGAAGGAUUUUCGUCGUAAAUGACAAAACUAUUUUCUAGUACGAAAAUAUGAAUCAGAGCAUAUGCUUGUAGAAUAAUAACAGGGAAGGUGGACAUUGUAGAAGCAAAACAAGCAACUAGCUAGAUGGUGGAGGGGUUCAUGGGGUAUAUAUCAAUAGGAGGAUUCAUUUUCUGGGUUCCUUUUUGUCGUGUUGGUGAGCAAUAAAGAUAUGUGAAUGUGUUCACUAUGAUGUAUUUCUCUCGAUUAUUAAUAUUAUUGUAGAAUCUAGGUACUGAGUGAGUCAGUUGUACUAUUGGAGAGAUUUUCAGUUUUUUUUUUUUUUUUUUUUACUAUUGUAACAAAACGGGGAACUUAGACUCCUUGUUUUUCAAUUUCAAUAAACAUUUUUUCUUUUUUGGGUGAA